GGGCUCAGGGGUCCUGAGGGAGGUACGUUUGCGCUAGCGGCUGCGCAACCACCUCCCGACGGCAGCAACUCCCAACCCAAGGCCAAAACAACAUUUGAACCAAAAGUCGACGAUGCAUUGCUGAGCUGGCCCUGCAUACGGAUACCUGGCGCGACAGCAAUGCGACAGCCACCGUGCCCAUGACAGCUGUUCAGCAUGGAACAGGAACAGCCCUUCUCGACCUCAAAGGUGACGGUCGACUACUUCGACCCUCACGAUGUCUAUAAGCUGCUUGCCCCAGGCCUGCUACCCCGACUCCCCCUCCACAACCUGCACUGGCAGUCCCACGCCGGCCCUCUGCGGUCUAUCGAGACGCUGCAUGUCGAGCUCGUCGAUGCCCUCGCCGCCGCCAAGGCGCCCAAGCAGAGGCAACCGUCCAUAACACCCACCCUGGGCGGGGGCGAUGGUGGUUUCGAUGGCUUCCAGACACAGCAGGUUGCAGGGGGCAACCGACUCACUGCCGACCCCGACGAUACCUUCCCCAACAAGCCAUACUCGCCCGGCUAUGGCCCCUCGGCCGCCAACGUCCGCCGCCACCAGAUCCCGGGCCUGCGCCGCACACCCUACCUGAAGGUACUCCUGGUCCGAUGCGAUGACAACGACCAGUACAAGUCCUCCGUCCGCUCCGAGAUGCGUGACUGGCUCAAGGAGCAUUCUCCGCCGGUCGCCACCACAAGCACCAAGAAGGACGGCCGGACCCCCGCCGAGAACCACGAUGCGUGCGAGCUCCUGAUCAUACACGUCGUCGUGCCCAACACCGUCGCAGCUACCCAGCCUAGGAUGACAGGCAGCUCCGACGCCGCGCCCGUGGCAAAGACAACGUCCCGGUGGGGAAAGAACACAACACCGCUUUUAGAGAGGAUGAGGAGUGAUUUCGGGAGCUCCUCCAAGGCCAAUGUCGAUAGGAUAGCCCAGAUUCGCAUCGGUAUCAACGAUGUGCCCUACGAUCUCCUGCCGAGAGUCGUGCCCGCCGUGCCCACCGGUUAUAUGGAGACCGAGGAGGAUGCCAAGGUCGCCUGGGCGGAUCUCAUCGACAAGUUCAAGAGGUUGAUCCUCGCUAGCUUCGACAUGAGGGUCACCCAGUACGAGGAGGAUAUCAAAGAGAAGGAUGCCAUGCGAAGUCUGCCCGGCUGGAAUUUCUGCACCUUCUUCAUUCUGAAGGAGGGGUUGGCGAGGGGCUUCGAGAGCGUGGGGCUUGUGGAUGAUGCCCUCGUUGGAUACGACGAGCUGAGCGUUGGCUUGGACACCAUAAUACAGGAGCAAGCCGCGGCCGACUUCGCUGAGGUUCACGGUGGCUCACUACUUCCGCAUACCCCCGAUAUCAAGAAAAUCGCCCAAGCCGCAAUGGUGGCUGCCAGUACAGGGACUCUUGAGUUUGAUGACGAGGAAACAGUCGAUCUGCAGUCCUCCUCCAAGGAAGAAGAGCCCCAGGAGAAGUUCGACGACAUCCCCAUCUCCGUCAUGAAGAAGCCCUACCGGGACCUUAUCCUAUCCAACAACGUGUCGAUCUUUGAUUUCAGGUGCUACAUCUUCGCACGCCAGAUCGCUCUGCUCCUCCGUUUGGGCAACGCCUGGUCCACGCGCGAAGAGCUGCUUGCCAAGGUUAAAGAGCAACAAGACUCUAUACUGCACGGGGUUGCACCACGGGCACCUCCGCCACAGCCAACGGACGAGUCCGAAAACCUGUCAAUGCUGGCCGAAAUAUGCAAACGCACCCUCGAAUUCAUACCGGCUGUCUCUCAGGUUAUGCGCCGCGAUGUCGUUGCCGCUCUGGCCGAUCAGCGCAAGCUCGAGGCAGGCGGUGUGACGCCCGCAACGACACUGCCCUAUGAGAGCCUCGUGUCAGAAGUGGCGGAGAAUAUCGUUGCCUCCUUUGCGUUUUCCAUUGCACAGCAGAUUCUCGCCCAGACAUCUACAAAGGCCUUGCCCAUCCCACCAGCGGCGACGACUACCACUGGUGACAAAGGUUCGGAGCAGAAGUCGAAGGAGUCAAUACCGGAGCCCAAGACCAUGAUGCACCCGGCGAGAACAACUUCUCUCAGGGUAUCGACCGCAGGGGAUAGCCGAAUGCCGCCACUGCCUAGUCCGAACUUCUUUCCAGGACCGGGGACUCGCAGGGCAAGUACAGCUGACGUGCAGGAUACGAUAAAUCAGCGGCACCACAAAUCAGGGCAGGAAGACUUGGCUGCCAGGAGGGCCGAGCUUUACGCACUGUCGCGCAACAUACUAGAGGAGUGCGGCAAGAAACGAGGAUGGAGUGAUGGGUGGUCUUCUGCACCGGUCAUAGGGGAGACUGGAUUGCAGGAAAUGGAAGACGUCAAUCUUGACGACGACUUACCACCCAGUCCUUCGCCUGAGGCCACGAUGCUAUCGCCAGAGCUUACCCUUGCGGGCAUCGACAACAAGCUGCUUCGUACAGCUCUAGACACAAAGGAGGAUUUCUACCGCUUGUACGAGAUGCUUACUGACAAAUCUAAGCGUCACUACACUGUUGCUGGUCAUACACACUCCAUCCUGGCGAAUAUAGCGGACCUUGCCGUCAUGAAAUAUUAUUUGGGGGACUACUCCGCCGCGGCGGAGUGUUUCCUGCAGACGACGCCGUUCUAUGGAGAGAGCGGGUGGACCUUGCUUGAGCUCUCCAUGCUCGUCAUGUACUCCAAAUGUCUGCGGGAACUGAAACGAGACGAGGGUUACGUCAAGGUCAUGCUGAAACUUCUCUCAAAAGCGGCGAACUCCGAGAAGGACAGAAUCGAGGAAAGAGGCACCGUCAAAGUCAGCCAGAAGCCAGCCAAAGAAUACGCAGAAAACGAGCUGUUCAAGGGCUUCCUCCCUGACUUUUUAGCUGCCGCGAAGUCCCUCGACAAGGAGUUGAAACACUCCCUCCAAAAUUUCUUCACUCAUAUUGAGAUUGAGGGCACACCGGCGUACGACGAUGACCAGGAUAGCUUCACACUAACUCUCGCACUACGGAGUGUCUUAGCUGACCCACUGCCCAUCGACAAGGCCUUCUUGCGGAUUGUCACCACUGGUGGGCGCGAGAUGUGGUUAGAGAGUGACAGAGAGCUGGAACUAAAACCCGGUCGAAACAAGAUUCAGCUGCGCUGUAUGUCCAUGAGUCCGGGUGCGUAUGAAGUCGACAGAGUUCAAUUGCACAGCGGCCCCUUGAAGCUCAGCUUUGAGAGGCAAGCAUUCCAGCCCAUCGAACGCGAUGCGGUGAAUUUGAGGAAUCCAUACGUAUCCUUAUACCAGCGUACCGACACACUUGACCUGCGGGUCGAGCCGUCGACAGUAACGCAACUCGACAGGAAUUACGCAAUGGACCUCGACUUGACGACGGGGUGGAAUGAGGUUGAGUCGUGCGAGAUUCGCGUUCGGUCUGCGACCGGAGGGCUCCGGCUUCUUACCGCAGAGGCUCAAAUACUGGGCACGACGGAGCAUGAUGACCCAGCAUCGUCCGAGCCAGGUCUGUUCCUGUUCAAGUCUCUGGCUGCCAGGUCGUCUGUCAAGGCCCGCAUACCGUUCACCACUGAGCAGGACACCCCCAGUGUCUCCAUCAAAGUCGAGGUCAAAUACACCACCUCCCGGGGAACGUUCACACUGUCCAAGACGCCUUCAAUCCCACUGGCCCUGAAACUGGGUGUCAAUGUGCAGGAUGUGUUCAAACACAAAGCGCUCUUUUCACGGUUCACAGUUUCUACAGCGACCCAGAGCCCGUUGCGCCUAUUCAAAUCAGAGCUCAUCGAAUCGGAUGUCUUUCAGUCCCGAUUUGGAGUGCCACCUGCGAACCCGGUCGUCAUCUUCCCCAAGCAGCCGGCGAGCCUGAUCUACAAAAUCAAUCGGAUUCCGGGGUCCAGGAUCGGCCCCAACACCAAUAAGACCAUGUACUUGAAGCUGUCAUACAGUGUCCUCCAGGAUGAGAUCAGGGAUAAUAUCCGUGAUUCUCUGACUGAAGCGCUUAAAGACACUGAGUUGUGGAAAUACAGCAGGACAUUGGUGGCGAGUGUGCUGGACCGGGUCAAGGGCGACCUCACCGCUUAUGACCUAGAAAGGUCUGCGACGCUGGGCGAAUUGCCUCUCAGUUUCCUGACGGAGGUCAAGUGGCAGAAGCACUUCACCGGUCUGGGGACAACGCCUACUGGGGAAAGCCUGCCGGUACUCAUGGCCCAGUUCAUAGUCGACUGGACGCGGAAGACCCAGAAAAUCCCAGCAAUGCGCCAAGUAGACCCCACACAGCAGCAGUGCAUCCUCAUCCCAGUAGACGUGCCGUCGAUACCGGUCGUGCACACGGCCGACAUCCGGCUGCAGAGGCCCAUCCCGUCGCUCGUGGAGCCAGUCGACGAGUUCGAGACACCCCUUGUCUGCGUCAACCAGCUCCUCCCAGCGACGUUGCACCUCAAGUGGACGCGGGUCUGGGACACGAGCAAGCUCGACACCGGGAGCGCGGCCGAGGAGGCCACGGGCGACGAGUUCAGUUACGACGUCACCGCGCCGAGUGACACGUGGCUCGUCGGCGGCCGGAAGAAGGGCCACUUCGUGAUCCCGGGCCGCAACGCCUCCUCGUCCUCGCCCGGCGAGGAAGGCGACCUCAUGAGCUCCUCGCCCGUCAACGAGGCCGACAUCCCGCUCGUGCUGAUCCCGCUCAGGGAAGGGCACCUCCCCUACCCGAGCGUUGAGGUCCGGGAGAGCGGCGGGGGGCCUGGGGAGAACAACAACGGCAGCAGCGACUACCACGGCCACGGCCACGGGCAGGGCCAGGGCCGCAAGAGCCCCGCCGCCGCGGCGGGCCACUGCGAGACGGACUACCGGAACCUGGGGGAGACGGUGCGGGUUGUUGCGGACCGGAGGAGGGUCACGGUGUCGUUGGAUGCUAGUGGGGCCGGCGGGGGCCCGCUUGUUUUGGAUAGUGAGAGGGUUUGUGGGAGGGAUAUUGGGAGGGUUGUUGCGUAGAUAGACGGACGGACGGACGGGCAGGGCCAUUUAGAAUAUAAUGAGAGCUAUUGAAACGGACCCCCCCCCCUUCCUGCUGCUGUGUCGUUCAUCUAACAACACCUGCUCCCGUCCGGUUGUCACCGACACAAAGAAAGGCGGGUGUCUGUUUUCAAACCCGCACCAUAUCCCACCCAACCCUCACGGCCAUCCCCAUGAGCACGACCUGGACGAUAUUAAACCAGCUGCCCCACAGCCUGCCCAUGCCGUUGCGCGCGCCGGGCAUGGUGUAAC